AUGACCGACAUCAUGUUCGCAUGCGUCCAUAACGCAGGUCGCUCGCAGAUGGCCGCUGCGUUUUUCAACAAGCACAGGACUCAAGACGCCAUCAAAGGCGUGUCUGCAGGAACCAACCCAGCCUCCGAGGUGCACGGCGUUGUCCGAGAAAUUAUGUUAGAGGUGGGUGUUGACCUUUCCAACAUCACCCCAAUCAAGCUGACUCCUCAGCUCGCCACAACCAUCAGCACCAUUAUCACGAUGGGAUGUGGCGAAACAUGCCCUUACGUCCCCGGAGUCAAGAUUGUUGAUUGGAAAAUCACCGACCCUAAAAACAAGCCCAUUGAUGAAGCCCGUGAGAUCAGAGACGAGAUCGAGACCAAGAUCAAAGCGUUCAUCGCAGAGAAUAACUACUAA